AUGAUGGAUGGGAGGCGGCAUUCAGUUGAUGUUCCUAUUUCGAAAACUCUUGUAGCGUUGAGGAGAGUCAGGUCAUUGAGGGAUCCAUCUACGAAUUCUAUGAGCAAACUCUGUUCUUCGAUUGAUAAUCUGCACUGGGAAAACAGUUCGGGCAAUGGGAUUUCUCUGCGGUUCUUGGACGCUUCUCGCGCUUGUGAUUCUGAUGAUAAUGGUGCAUUAAGGUCGAAGAAUUUGAGUUGUAGCAUGCGCAGAGAGCACGAUGCUGCUGAUUUUGAAUUGAACUGUGGCCAUUUCAACUCUAAACUGAAGUCUUGUCCUGAAGGCCAGCAGGAUGAAGAACUAGCUUACUCUAAUUUGAAUCAGGAAGUCAAUUCCGGUAUUAAGUCGACAAGUGAUGGCUGCUAUAGCAACCAUAGACGUAAGGAAUUAGAUAUAGCAUCUGUUAUUCCUCCCAGCAACGAGGCAACUUCUGGGUCAUCAAAGUUAGGGACAAUUGAUCAUUCUAUGUUGACUAGAAAAACUCUAGGCAAGAAUCAAGUGAAAUCAUCCGAAGUUUUGGGCGAUAUUGCAGGUCUUGGGGGUAGUCCAUGCCUUUCAGUCGGUGAAGCCUUCUCAGCUUAUAGUUCUUCGACGAACAUGAAUCAAGAUGUAGAUAUUGGAGAUGAUAAUCACCAUGGAUGUGGAAUAAGCUGUUGUUGGUCAAAAUCGCCAAGGUUUAGAGAAUCAAAUGUAUAUUCUGAUAUAGAAGACCGUCCUCUGAUAUCCUGGCACACAGAUGAGACGGCUCUUUAUGGACAUAAAAACAUGAGACACAUUGGCGGUGAAAUCAGUCCAAAUUUUGAAACUCCAAGAAGUUUAUGUAUGAAAUUUAGGCCAAAAUCUUUUAGUGAUUUGGUUGGGCAAAAUGUGGUAGCGAGGUCUCUUUUGGGCGCCAUCUUUAAGGGAAGGGUAACCUCAUUCUAUCUCUUCCAUGGUCCUCGUGGUACUGGCAAGACAUCUGCGUCCAGGAUUUUUGCUGCUGCCCUGAAUUGUCUCUCCCUCGAGGAGGAAAGGCCAUGUGGUCUUUGCAGAGAGUGCGUUUUGUUCUUUUCUGGUAGAAGUAAAGAUGUUAAAGAAGUUGAUUCUGUGAAACUUAAUCGUAUUGACAAGAUAAAAUCCCUUGUUAAAAAUGCAAGCAUCCCUCCAGUUUCUUCACGUUUUAAGAUAUUUAUUGUUGAUGAGUGCCAGUUGAUCACGGGGGAGGCAUGGGCAAGUCUUUUGAAUAGCCUAGAGAGCCUUUCUCAGCAUGUGGUCCUUAUUAUGAUCACGCCAGAUCUGGACAAACUUCCCCGAAGUACAGUUUCCAGGGCCCAGAGGUAUCACUUCCCUAAGAUAAAAGAUGCUGACAUUGCAAGCAGAUUGGAAAAAAUUUGCAUAGAAGAAGGUCUUGACUUUGAACAGGAGGCUUUGGGCUUCAUCUCUGCUAAAUCCUGUGGUUCACUUAGGGAUGCAGAAAUCAUGCUUGAUCAGCUGAGCUUGCUUGGUAAAAAAAUCACAAUUUCCUUAGCCCAUGAACUUACUGGUAUCAUCUCUGACGACGAAUUGCUUGAAUUACUGGAUCUGGCUCUGUCUUCCGACACUUCAAAUACAGUUAAAAGAGCGCGAGAGUUAAUGAGAUCAAGAGUGGACCCUUUACAACUUAUAUCACAGCUGGCAAAUCUCAUUAUGGACAUCCUUGCAGGGAAAUGUGAUGAUAGCGGGUCUGAAAUCAGAAUGAGGUUUUCCAAUAGACGCAUCAUAGCUGAAGCUGACCUUCAAAAACUAAAUCAUGCGUUGAGAAUACUUUCUGAAACGGAGAAGCAAUUACGGAUUUCCAAGAAUCAAACAACAUGGUUCACGGUAGCUCUUCUGCAGUUAAGCUCUGCAGAACAUUCUUCUGUCGAAGCAAGUGAUACGAAAUUGAGAUAUGCAUGCAAUGGAGAUGGUGAUUUCUGCAGUACAUCAUCUACAGGGGAUAGCCGGAAGCAUCCUGCCUCUGCUCAGUAUGAUAACAAGUUGUUUAGAUUAGGACAACAGGAUCACGCAUUAAGUUCCAUAUGGCAUAAAGCGACAGAGUCAUGUCAAUCUAACAGACUCAAGACUUUUCUUAGGAAACAGGGGAAGUUGUCUUCUCUGUGUGUUGAUCGCGGUCUAGCAAUUGCUGAAUUGGAUUUCCAGCAUCGCAACUACGUAUAUAGGGCUGAGAAGUCGUGGAAAAUGAUUGCCAGUUCCCUGCAGCUCAUACUGGGUUGUAACAUAGAGCUCAGGAUCAAUCAUGUACCUUGCACUUCUGAUUCUACAUAUGCCAAGUUGAAGAGGUCAUCUUUCAGUUUUUUCACUUGUUCCCGUAGAAUUCAUCGAAAGGCGCUCUCAGAUAAUGAACAAGGAAGUGAACCAGACUACACUGAUCACACCUCGCAGAAAGCCAUGAUGAAGGAUAGAACUUGUAAAUCUGAUUGUGGAUCUCAGAUGCAACAACCUGACUCUUAUCAUGGAAUGGAGGUAGUAACAGCAUUGAGAGAUGGUGAAGGAAAUUUGCUGAGCUCAAGGAAGAAUUUGUUGAAUAGUUCAUGUCAAGAGACUUCAAGGACCUCAAGUUCUGGUGUUGAUUCCUCCAAGGAAGAGGGAUUUGAUUAUGCACACCUAGUUUCAUCAAACCCUGAUUCAGACUAUCAAUCAAAAUGUUUCCCUCGAACUUUCUGGAUUCAUAAGAAGAAGUUACAUUCUCCAGAUCUAUCUCAGUUGGUAUUCGAGGGCACUCAACAACAGAAAGAAUUUGUUUUAUCCAUCCCAAAUUACACCUGUUCUGAGACGUAUAGCUAUGCUAGUGAACCAUGUGUUUUCUCCACCAGCUCUAACAACUGUACCAAAGCCGCCCAAAAUGAGAAGAGCCCGAAGUUGGAUUCAGAUUUGCUUUGUUGGAGAACCCCGAGAUCUCCCUUGAGGAAGUCAUGGCACGUGGGGCUUCAGCAGCAUAAGUCGCAUCCAGCAGGGAGGUUUCUUUCCUGUGCCUCUGCUAAGUAGCUGCUGCAAGACUUCAUGGUGGCAGGCACUCAGCGAUGAAUGGUUUUAUAAAUUUGGCACAAAAAUGUAAGUACAUAUAUUUUGUGAGAAGCCCAGAUGACACAAUUUUCAUGAACUUUGUUGUAGCCAAUGUAACAUAGC